GUGAAGACCCUGCCUGAGAAGGCUUGCACAAGGCUUUGCCAUUGGCCUGCUGGGCAGCAGCCCUGGCGUGCCGACGAGGCGGGGCUGCGGGGCUGCGCGGGGCUGAAAACAGGGGCGGGCUGUGUCGCUGCGGUGUGGCGGCUCCCACCGUUGCGUGAGACGGUGUCCCUGGGUGUCACCAGGGCGCACACCGAUAGGAACCUGCUUCGAUGUGCGUGUCAUGGCUUAAAAAUAGCUGCGAUCCACCUGCGCGCCGGGGCGGCGGCGCAGCGGCGGGGAACCGCGCAGGAGUCAUGGGCGCCGGACUGCGGGAGCCCGCAGGCCACCUCGGGAUCUGAGACCCUAGCGACCAGGAGCAACAGCUUCCUGGUGACCGAGCCCACCAUCCCUCAAGUCACAGCUCCUGCCACCUUGAAGAUGUGUCCUGGCAACUGGCUCUGGGCCUCCAUGACGUUUAUGGCCCGCUUCUCCCGCAGCAGCUCAAGGUCCCCUGUUCGCACUCGAGGGAGCCUAGAGGAGAUGUCCUCUGCUCACCAUCCCUUCCUCAACGUCUUUGAGUUGGAGAGGCUCCUCUACACAGGCAAGACGGCCUGUAACCAUGCCGACGAGGUCUGGCCAGGCCUCUACCUCGGAGACCAGGACAUGGCCAACAACCGUCGUGAGCUCCGUCGCCUGGGCAUCACCCAUGUCCUCAAUGCCUCACACAGCAGGUGGAGAGGCACUCCGGAGGCCUACGAGGGACUGGGCAUCCGCUACCUGGGUGUCGAGGCCCAUGACUCGCCAGCCUUUGACAUGAGCAUCCACUUUCAGACAGCUGCGGACUUCAUCCAUCGGGCACUGAGCCAGCCAGGAGGGAAGAUCCUGGUACACUGUGCUGUGGGAGUGAGCAGAUCGGCCACCCUGGUGCUGGCCUACCUCAUGCUGUACCACCACUUCACCCUUGUGGAGGCCAUCAAGAAAGUCAAAGAUCACCGUGGCAUCAUCCCCAACCGGGGAUUCUUGAGGCAGCUCCUAGCCCUGGACCGGAGGCUGCGGCAGGGUCUGGAGGCAUGAGGGAAGGGAAAUUGUGCCAGGUUCCUGGGUGGUUUCCUGGCUCCCAGCUGGGAAGAGGAAACCCAGGUGGCAGGAGGUAGAAAGACCAGACAACCCAUCCUCCCCCAGUGGCAGGAGAGGGAAGGGCCCCCAGGCCACUGUCAUUGUGGAAGGGGAUGGAGAGCCAGGUUGGGCAGUGUGGUAGGUGGGGGCUGCUAACCUGGGAAGGAAACAGCUGGGCUGUAGGUAAAAGCUGGUUCUAUGAUUAGGACAGCACCAGAUUCCAACAGGGUGGGCCCAGUGACUCAGAACCCCUUUUCUCUCAUUGUGUGCAAGUGUUCCCCUCUCUCACAUUCCAAACAAAGGGACCGCUGCUGUGCAGUACCUGAGCAGCGUGGGGUCCCGGGGUGUCAGCAUGCAGCAGCAGGGAUGUAAAGGGAGGCAUACAGGUUGCAGAAAACAGUGGAGAAAGAGUCGGGGAUGGGGUGGUGUGGAAGCCACAAAGCCAGAGGGAGAAACCUACAGGCGUGCAACUCCAGGACGAGGAGGUGUGGGAGGGCUGACGUGACACCCCAGGGGAGCUGCUCUAGGUCAAAGGAGGCACACCCGUGAAUGGCUGUGAGUCUUUAGGUGGUCAUAUUCUCACUGAAAACCAUGUGUCUGGAGUAAAAAUAAAGAUCUGAAAAAGAUGA